CGGAAAGAGGAAGUCAGAGCCAAAGUGGUCGUGGAUUCAUUCGAUUCAGUUCAUGUUCUCUUCAUAUUGCCGACAAUUUCUUCUGGGUUUUUUUGAUUCUUCUAUGUUGGGAUGUUGUCAGAUCCCAGCAGCUACUUUGGAUAAUGCAAUGCAUGGAUUUUAGGGAAACGAAGAACUGAGUAACAAAGCUAAUUGCGGCUGUACAUCAGAUUCGCCUCAAGCUGGGAACACAUGGACACCACUUUUUCAUUUGAAGAUCCAUAAGAGCUCUUUUGAAUAAAGCUCAUGUAUGCCUGUAUUGAUUCUUUUUCUUUUUAAAGAACUUAUAUCAGCUCAUGCAUCUGUAUUGACAUCAGAAUGCAGAUGAAGAAGAGGCAUCUGUAUCGAGCUAAGCAUCCAUUUGAAGCUCAUCUCUUUGAGGCUCUUUGUUGUGGAUCAUGGAAAGGCGUUGAACUUCUAAGAAUCAGCAAUGGAACUAUCAACAUGAAGUUCGUAGACCAUCCAUGUGUGAUUCAGGAUAAAGGUCCAUUUGCCAACCUUCGUGUAAGAUCAAGAAGAUCAACUUUGUAUGACUGUAUUUGUCUGUUGAGGGCGGGUGUGGAUAUCUGUGUGCUUUCAAACUGUCAUACAGAGAGUUCGGAUGAGAAAAGGCGAGACCCGGUUUGGGUUGAUGCUAGAAUAAGUUCUAUCGAAAGGGAACCUCAUGACUCUCAAUGCUCAUGCCGUUUUCAUGUGAACUUUUAUGUUAACCAAGGACCACUUGGUUCAGAGAGAGCAACACUUAAAAAAGAAACUGAAGUUAUUGGAAUUGAUCAGGUUUCCAUCUUACAAAGGCUUGAUCGGAAUUCUUGUAAUAAUCAGUACUACCGUUGGGAUCGGUCUGUGGACUGCUCUACUCUGCCAAACACUAAAUUGCUAUUGGGGAAAUUCUUAUCCGACUUGUCAUGGUUGCUUGUUACAUCUUCCUUGAAGCAGAUUGUAUUUGAUGUAAGAUCAGUGCAGAGCAAGAUUGUGUAUCAGAUUUCUAGUGGUUAUGAUGAUACAGAACCAUCAAACUCUGGAAACUCUUUUAAAGCUGUGAAUUUUCAAGUAGAGAAUGGGAUCCCAAUACCGGUAAUAGUUCAAUUGGUUCCAGAUGAUUUUAUUGGGGGCGAUCCAACAUGUGACAUGCAUGAAGAUAGACCAUCUCCAACUUUGGAAGUUCCAGAACUGCGGCGUUCGAAGCGUCGAAGGAUACAACCUGAUCGUUUUCUUGCAUGUGAUGCUCCGUCAGAGAUACAAAUAGGUCCCAUUCGUAGCAGGCCAUAUAAGAUAGAUCAAUUAGAAGAUGAUUCUGAUGACGAACUGUACUUACCACUAUCAUACCUGUUUCGUAAGAAGACAAGCAACUAUUUGGAAGAGGAUAGUAGUGAGACGGAGAAAAAUGCUGAUUCUAAGAGGAAGCGAUCAAGCACCGGUGACAAUGAUGAUCUUUUUGAAUGUAAAGAAAACAAGAUUAAGUGGAUGAAAGUGAAAUCAGGUGUGGCUAAAAAUAAGAUGAAGAAACCUCGAGCUGAUCAACUUGCCAUUGUCCCUGCAUUUGUCAAAGCUGAUUGGCCAACCCUUGGAAACUUUGCUCCCAGUGCUAAUGGUCCUGCAAAUCAUUCAAAAGACAGUGGUGAAUCUGCUACCAAGCAUUAUUAUCAUUUCAGUACUUCUAAAGCAACAAAACAGAAAAGAAACAAUAUUGCUGGCUUGGAAGACAUGGAUGUUCAAACUAAAUGGGAUGGAGGUGCAUCCUCUAGUAGAUUUCCAAGAAGGGGCCAUCAUUAUGCAUAUCAUCUUCCCUCUAUACGGUCAAAAAUGACACAUCGGUAUACUGGAGCUUAUUCUAAGAGGUCCUUAAAUGCAGGUGCAUACAAGGAGCUGAUAAAUAAGUUCUUGAAAGACAUGGAUUGCUCAACCAAGCAAGAAACAAACAUUAUGGACCAGUGGAAAGAUUUCCGGGCAAACAAGAAUUCUGACCAAAACGACGAACCUGAUUUGCCAGAAGAUGAGCAGGGGGAGGAAAUGUCCGAGGAGGAUAGGUUGUGGAAAGAAUUUGAUCUAGUAUUGGCAUCAUGUUAUCUUCUUGGUGACGAGGAAUCAGAUGGUGCUACUUCAGGUAAGUUGGCACAAAAGUCAGAUCAAGGUUGCGAGCAUUACUUCACUCUUGAUGAAGAAAUUGGGCUUAAGUGCAUUACAUGUGGCUUUGUGAAGACUGAAAUCAAACAUGUUACACCCCCCUUUGUGCGAAACCCAUCUGGGUUCACAGAUGAUAAAAAACCAAAUGAAGAAGAUCCAGAUCCUAAAAGAGCCGAAUAUGAGCAUUUCAAUUUCUUCCACCAACGUGAUAUCCCUGUGGAUGAGCCUAUUUCAGAAGAAAAUGAGAAUGUUUGGGCUUUAAUUCCUGAACUAAGAAAGAAACUGUUAUUCCACCAGAAAAAGGCUUUUGAAUUUUUAUGGAAGAAUAUCGCAGGAUCUAUGGAACCAGCAUUGAUGGAAAAGAAAUCCAAGAAAAAUGGUGGCUGUGUUAUAUCUCAUACUCCUGGAGCUGGUAAAACGUUUUUGAUCAUUGCAUUUCUUGUUAGCUACCUGAAGUUAUUCCCUGGAAAACGACCUCUAGUCCUUGCUCCAAAGACAACACUUUACACCUGGUACAAGGAAUUCAUUAAAUGGAAGAUUCCAAUACCAGUAUAUCUAAUUCACGGUCGUAGAACCUAUCGAGUGUUCAGGAAUAACUCAGCAACCUAUACUAGAGGCCCGAAGCCAACUGAUGAUGUCAUGCAUGUUCUCGAUUGCCUAGAAAAAAUACAAAAAUGGCAUGCACAACCUAGUGUCCUUGUCAUGGGGUAUACUUCCUUCCUAACAUUAAUGCGUGAAGACUCAAAGUUUGUCCACAGAAGAUUUAUGGCUCAAGUGCUGAGGGAAAGUCCAGGAAUCCUAGUUCUAGACGAAGGGCACAACCCCAGAAGUACCAAGUCAAGGUUGAGGAAGGGAUUGAUGAAAGUUGAAACUGACUUGAGAAUAUUGCUUUCAGGUACUUUGUUUCAGAACAACUUUUGUGAAUACUUCAACACACUUUGUUUGGCUAGGCCGAAAUUUGUAAAUGAAGUUUUGAAAGCGUUGGACCCAAAAUACAGAAGAAAAAAAAAGGCAUUUAAAGAUAAAGCACGCCAUUUGAUGGAAGCUCGAGCCAGAAAGUUGUUCUUGGAUAAAAUUGCCAAGAAAAUUGAUUCAAAUGAAGGAGAAGAUCAGAGGAUCGAAGGUCUCAACAAGCUGAGAAAGAUAACAAACAGAUUUAUAGAUGUGUAUGAAGGUGGGAAUUCAGACACCCUUCCUGGUCUACAGAUAUACACCUUGUUAAUGAACACUACUGACAUUCAACAAGUUAUGUUAGAUAGACUGCAACAAAUAAUGGCCACUUACAAAGGAUAUCCUUUGGAACUAGAACUUCUGAUCACCCUUGGAUCAAUACAUCCUUGGCUAAUCAAAACUGCAGCUUGUGCUGAUAAGUUCUUUAGUUCUGAAGAACUGUUGGCACUUGAGCAAUUCAAGUAUGAUCUGCACAAAGGUUCAAAAGUCAGGUUUGUUAUGAAUCUGGUUUACCGUGUUACUCAGAAAGAGAAGGUCUUGAUCUUCUGCCACAACAUUGCACCAGUAAGGCUAUUUCUAGAAUUGUUUGAGAGGGUCUUUCAUUGGGAGCGUGGCAGAGAAGUUUUGGUUCUUACCGGUGAUCUUGAGUUAUUUGAACGUGGAAAGGUUAUGGACAAAUUUGAAGAACCAGGUGGACCCUCAAGGGUUCUGCUUGCAUCUAUCACAGCUUGUGCUGAAGGCAUUAGUCUGACAGCUGCAUCUCGGGUUAUCUUGUUGGACUCUGAAUGGAACCCUUCCAAGACGAAGCAAGCUAUAGCACGAGCUUUUAGGCCUGGUCAGCAAAAGGUUGUGUUUGUUUAUCAGCUAUUGGCAACAGGAACACUCGAAGAAGACAAAUACAGAAGGACUACAUGGAAAGAGUGGGUAUCCAGUAUGAUAUUUAGUGAGGCAUUUGUAGAGGAUCCUUCUCGCUGGCAAGCGGAGAAGAUUGAAGAUGAUAUAUUGAGGGAGAUGGUGGGUGAAGACAAGAGUAAGGCAUUCCAUAUGAUCAUGAAGAAUGAGAAGGCUUCAACACAUACUUCGUAGAGCUAAGGACUACUCAAAACCCUUCCAGCUUUUCUCUGCUUGUUACUGUGUGAAUUUUGGAAUGAGGUUGGUUUUUAAAAAGAACAAGCCUAACUCAAGCCUAACUGCAGAAAGUACUACAUGACGGGUUCAAGAUAUGCAAGCUUCUGCGUACAACUGUUAUAACAAGAAGCAGUGCAGAUUUGUCAAUCAUUGAUCCCAGAAUCUUUGCAUCUUUAUAAUUUUCAUUUUCUUUAUCUGUAGUUUGUGAGUCUCUGUUGUAUUUGAAUCUCACAUUACAGUCAUUCCCCUGGUCAUUGUAUUGGUAUAAAUGGAGAUCCAAUUUUUUUUUCUUUUGCACGAAUAUCACAUGCUUUUCUUUUCUCUGUGUAAGCCACGAACGAUGACCAGCCCAUCUCUUCUUUUCUCUCAGUUUCACUCUCUCUCAGCUUUUGUUUUGUAAUAUUGUUUUUCCUCUGCCUGGGUGUUGAUCUAAUUGUAGAUUUUGUGUUUGGUAGCAGUUCAUAUUUUGUCUGGGUAGCGUUCUGUUUCUUCAUAGAAUAAGUUAUUUAUUUCUUUGGUGUGGCACAGGCAAACUACAUGUUUCCCUUCUUUUUCUGUUUCUUCCCGUAUAUUCAUCUAUUUCGAUCUUUCAUGUCUUUGUUCUUUAAGAGGUGAUAGGAGGAUCAAGGUCGGGAGUUGGGAGUUUCAUUUAAACCCAUCUCUUGGUUUCAGUUAAUAGGGAUAAAGAUUAACAGUUAACAAAGCAGAGAGGGGGACUAGAGUUACAUUGAAUGGCCAAAACAGCAGUGGCAAAGUCUUUGACUCAGGGAAGCAAUUCCCUACUUCUGCUUACUGUGCUGCAUACCUUUGCAAAUAGUUUACACUUAAAUUUGAAGCAGUGAAAUAAAAUUCACAAUUAGUUGGAACUUGAAUUAUCAUGGUGGCAUAUAUCAGUUAUCUCCUACCUCAAAUAAUCAUGGUGGCAACUUUAAAAACACCAGUUUCACAGUCCCGUUCAAUAUUGAACUAGUUCAUUAAUUUUUUUUCUUUAACAGUUGUUUUUCUUAAUAUGGAUUCACCGAUUAAUAUACCGGUUCAUUUGUGCUUUCGAAUUUAGUCAUGUUAGCGUGGUUUCAAUUCGUGGUCUUCAGUUAUAAUUUUGUUUAUAUGCUAUCGUUGGUGGGAUUAAAUAAAUUAAUACUUAUUAAGAACAGCUUAAUAUCAGGAAGACAAAAUGUGAUGAUGGUUUUAUUUAACCUUUCUGCAUAGAUAAGAAUCUGAGAGUUGCGCACUUUGGGGCAUUUGGAAGUAACUUUGAUGUUUCUGGCAUCAAUACUUUAUUUCCUCCUGUUGUGUUUGUAUUCACUGGCAUGAAAGUGAGGAUGCACUUAAGUAAGACAAGUUGUCGCUUGGCUCUACAAAUUAUGGUACUACUACUACUGCUGCUGUGGACAUUUAAUGAUCUAAUUAUCUUUCUGUUCACACAAAAUCGUUCUAUGUAGUGGCAUGGGCACCUGAAGCUACAUAAUCUGGCAAUCAUUCAGACAAGAGUAUAGAACAAGACUAUGCAUCAUCUGUUAUAAAAGAAGACGUAAAGAAUGGACCUGGCUGAUCUCUAUUCAAAAUGUGAUAAGGAAGCAAGCUUGUUACAGGAUGCCUACUUUUUCUGUAGGGCCAAUAUUACAAACAUUGACCAUGGAGGAGCAUGGUAUUACCCUGCUUGCCUCACUUGCAACAAGCAGCCGAGACUCAGGCUGAUCUUAUUACAUUCAGACGCUUGCAACAUGGUGUGUGAAUCGAUCGGGAAACCAAUCUACAAAUUUGAAGUGUCUUGAAGAUGAUAGUGGUUCAACACUGGUUAUGGUUAUAGGCUGAGCAG